AUGAAGAAGCAUUCAGUUGAGAGGCCUCAUAGAUGCCAGCAGUGUGGCAGAGAGUUUGAGUACAGAUCCCGUCUUGUAGUACACCUAAGAACUCACAAUGGAGAAAAGCCCCAUAAAUGUGAGGAGUGUGGAAAGGACUUUAACUAUAGGUCUCGUCUUCUCGUACAUCAGCGUAAACACACAGGGGUAAAGCCUCACAAGUGUAUUCAGUGUGGCAAACAGUUUGAUUACAGAUCUCACCUCCUUAGACAUCAGCGAACACAUACAUGA